AUGGGGACCAACGCCUCCCAGGUGACUGAGUUCGUGCUGGUGGGCUUCUCCCGCCUGGCCCACCUGCAGGGCCUGCUUUUCUCCCUCUUCCUGGCUAUCUACCUGCUCACAGUGGCCGGCAACCUCCUCAUUGCGGCGCUGGUCUCCACGGACGCCGCGCUCCAGUCCCCCAUGUACUUCUUCCUCCGAAUCCUCUCUGCCCUGGAGAUAUGCUACACGUCGGUCACCGUCCCCCUGCUGCUGCACCACCUGCUCACCGGCCAGCGCCACAUCCCGCGGUCCGGCUGCGCCCUGCAGAUGUUCUUCUUCCUCUUCUUCGGCGCCACCGAGUGCUGCCUGCUGGCCGCCAUGGCCUACGACCGCCACGCGGCCAUCUGCGAGCCCCUGCGAUACCCGCUGCUGCUCAGCCGCCGCGUGUGCAAGCAGCUGGCGGGCGCCGCGUGGGCCUGCGGGGCCCUGGUGGGCCUGGGCCACACGGCCUUCAUCUUCUCCUUGCCCUUCUGCGGCACCAACGCCGUCCCUCACUUCUUCUGUGAGAUCCAGCCGGUGCUGCAGCUGGUGUGUGGAGACACCUCGCUCAAUGAGCUGCAGAUCAUCCUGGCGGCCGCGCUCAUCAUCCUCUGCCCCUUCGGCCUCAUCCUCAGCUCCUACGGGCGGAUCCUGGCCACCAUCUUCCGGAUUCCCUCUGCCUCCGGCCGCAGGAAGGCCUUUUCCACCUGCUCCUCCCACCUGCUGGUGGUCUCCCUCUUCUAUGGCACUGCCAUCUUUAUCUACAUCCGCCCUAAGGCCAGCUACGACCCGGCCACGGACCCCCUGCUGUCUCUGUUCUAUGCGGUGAUCACCCCCAUCCUCAAUCCUGUCAUCUACAGCCUGAGGAACGCAGAUGUCAAGGCUGCCCUGAAGAGAAGCAUCCAGAAAAUGGGGCUGUACAGAUUUGACAAGGGGUGGGGUAUGACUCUGGAGCAGCACUCCUGGACAGUACCGAAUUACGAAGGAUCAAAGGAGAGGAGAUGUGGAACUCAGAAGAGGGUCAUACAGUUAAGAAGACAGCUUUGCCUCUGA